CUCUCCCUCUCUCGCCCUCUCCCCAGGUGUGACAUCAGUAUGACGUUAUCAUUCUCUCUACCGUGAGAAUGUACGAGGUGAUGCAGGGAGACACUACCACCCUUUCCUGGAGGCUACCCAGCCCCGGCCACAAUGACGGCCCACAACAGAGCCCCUUCAGCGGGGAGGGAGGACCCACCAAGAUCCUCAAAGUCUGUUUUUCCACCAAUAACACCCUGGGGAAGAACUUCAAACUGGUCAAGUGUGACAGCUCCUGGAAGAUCAGGGCUAUAGUACAGUCUAUCCUGACCAGUGGUAGACUGGGCCCUAACAUCCAGUAUAAAGGCUGCUAUGGUCUGCUACUGAAGCACCUCAAGUCAGACGAGCUCCACUGGCUCCAUCCAGACCUGACCGUGGGGGAGGUGGAGCAACGCUAUGAGAGUCACCACGUGGAGGCAGAGUGGAGGUAUGACCUGAGAGUCCGCUACAUUCCAGUCAACUUCCUGGAAAAGUUUAAAGAAGACAGUACUACACUGCUGUAUUUCUAUCAACAGGUGCGUAGUGACUACAUGCAGUACCAUGCCAGUAAGGUCAGUGAUGGGAUGGCCCUGCAGCUGGGCUGUCUGGAGAUCAGGAGGUUUUAUAAAGACAUGAACGCUAAAGGUUUGGAGAAGAAGUCCAACUUUGAGUUAUUAGAGAAGGACGUGGGGCUGAACCUGUUCUUCCCACAGGAGCUCAUUGACAGCAUGAAGUCUCGUCCUCUCCGGAAGCUGAUCACCCAGACCUUCCAGCAGUACGCUACUCUGAAGGAGGAGGAGUGUAUGGUUCGCUUCUUCAAAACACUCACUGAAUUCAUCAACGUUGAUGAGGAGGUCUUCCCCUGCGAACUGGUGCAAGGUUGGAGUCUGUCAGUGGAGCUGGUGAUUGGAGCCAGGGGUAUUCGCCAACGCACCCAUAAAGACUCAGCGCCUGUGUGUCUAGCGGAUUUCAAACAGAUCAAGAGCAUCAAGUGUUCAUCUCAGAGUGACGGCAAAGCCCUCCUCAACCUGGACAUAGAAGGAGCCAGACAGCCUCUGUCUAUCAAUGUGACUAAGUUUGCGAUGGCAGAAAACAUGGUGGACCUUAUUGACGGUUACUGCCGCUCUGAGCACGCCACUGACGAGUCGUUCAUCGCUAGACCAAACAAAGAUGCCAAUUUACGAAGUUCCCUGCCAGACCUUCCCACGAAUCAAACGGAGAACACGGACUCCUUCAGAUAUAGCAUGGGAUCUGACAUCUACGCUGAGAUUGACGAACGACCAAAGUCUGGUAAGUAGAGACACACUCUUUAUCAGGAUGGAAGAC